AUGCCAUACGCAAGAAUACGAGAUGACUGGCAUGGCGGCCCAAAGACGUUAGAGCACUGGAACGCGCCAACAGUGUUUGGUUGGAUUUUCAGCAUUCUUCUCACAUUCACGCCCCUCUGUUUCAUUGCUCUGGCUAUCACAGCGAUCCGUCUUGAUAACCAACCUCAUUCCGACUACGGCAAAACGGUCUUGCAACUAACGGUACUGAGUCCAUCGCUAUACCCUAUCUUAUUUGCUGCACUAGUUGGACGGUUUUACCGAGUAUUCGGCCGGUGGUGCUUUGAGAGCCGCGGCGGUGUAAACCUCCCUGUUCUAGAACAGUUGAUCGGCAGUCAAAACUUAGCCACGGCCAUUGAGCGAAUUUUCGUAAUACGAACAAAUGCCGUUCUUGGCAUUAUAAUCCUCACUUCUUGGCUUCUCUCGCCCUUGGGCGGACAGAGCUCGUCGAGACUUCUGCAAGAUGCAAAGUUUGACUUGAUCUCGAACGGAACGGUUUACUACGCUGAUCCAUCAUAUCAAGUGUCCCACUCAAGAUGGAUUGACUACCGACAUAGCGUUGGCGCAACGUACGCUGCGAGUUUGCUGUCGUCUUCGAAGCAGAAAGCAUCGGCGAGGGAUAUUUGGGGGUUGCCGAAAAUUCCACAGCUGUCGCAGGUCAGACUUGACGGUGGCUCGUAUGAUCUCUAUGAUGUGAACAAAUCGGAUAUGGUCUCAGGCAAGGCCUCUUAUGCUUCGUUGCUGGGUAUCAAGAUUCAAGGCCUCGUCAGGCCCAACGAGCCAACCAAGUUCAACUUUACGAUACCAACCUCAUAUUUCCACGUCGAUUGCGAUUUCGUCGACAGUUUCGACCCGUUACGAGGAAAGUUGACUCAGAAUCAAACCAACAUCGUAGAUUUGUUCUACAAAUUCCCCAGCUUUUCAGCCUUCAACAUUCUGCCGCAGUCGUGGUUCAACGCAGAGGGGGAAGAGGAUGACAUUAACUCGCCCUAUCAGUUCAUAUACGUCAAGCAAAUGCGCGGCUCUCAACUCUACGUCGUAAAGUGUGCCACUCACGAGGUCAAGGUCGAAACAACAAUUCAUUGCGGACCAGGAGACCCAGCGACGACCUGCGAAGCACGACAACAGCGGCGUCUUUCUACUGAGAAUCAGACUGGAAGCUCUCUAUUCCCGCCAUCGGUUACGCGAAGCGAUUUGCGUCUCAAAGAGUUGAGUUAUGCUCUGUAUGCCUGGGCGCAGGCUUCCGGUGACAAGGACGGAGUUCAGCCGUCGCCAUCGGAGAUGUACCUAAUGAAGGAUGGAAAUCCGUAUGAAUUUACCAGUCAAUUGCCAUGGACGAAAGAAGAUCUCGCCAAGUUUCCAUAUGUGUUUUCUAGGCGGAUGACGACCGCUUUCAACACAUAUUGGGAUGCUGGAUUAAAUCCUGGAGGCCAUACCAAUGUUUCCUACGGCACAAUCCCGUUGCAUAACAUGAACGGUCUGGAGACGGGCCAGACCUACAAAGACUCCUUCAUGAACACCACCAUGGGUACAAGAAUAACCACGAUUGAUGUUUACAGCGCGCAACGCGUCUGGGUCGGUCUGUUGCUAUUCACGACGAUGGUGCUGCAAAUUCUUGCCAUUUGCGGCCUCGUUAUCGAGAUUCUGAUUCAAGGCCCGGACAUUCUCGGUUUCGCUAGCACUCUAACCAGAGACAAUCCAUUUGUGCCGCUUCCGGCAGGUGGAUCACAUCUCGACGGACCUGAAAGAGCAAGAUGUUUAAAGAAUAUGAGGCUUGAGCUCGUGGAUGUGCGCCCUGAAGAUGAAACUGGCUAUUUAGCCGUGAGGGCAGUGUCAUCGGCCAAAGGGCAGGAUACGAGCAUGAUUGAAGGGAGCGUAAAAUCGAGAAAGUGGGUGCACUUGAAUAGGAGGAGGCUGUACGAAUAA